AGACCCACAGGAAAGAAAUCUCACUCCUGCUCUGACUGUGGGAAAAGAUUCAACUACUCAUCACACCUUAAAAUACAUCAAAGAAUUCACACUGGAGAGAAACCUUAUAGCUGUGAUCAAUGUGGGAAGAGUUUUACUACAUCUAGCAAUCUAACUGAACACCAGAGAAUUCACACAGGAGAGAAACCUUACGGCUGUGAUCAAUGUGGGAAGAGAUUUAUUCUGCUACAAACCCUGAAAUCACACCAAAGAAUACACACUGGAGAGAAACCCUUUGGCUGUUAUCAAUGUGGGGCGAGUUUUUCUCACUUAAGCAGCCUGAUAGGACACCAGCGGGGACACACAGGAGAGAAACCUUAUAGCUGUGAUCAAUGUGGGAAGAGUUUUACUACAUCUAGCAAUCUAACUAUACACCAGAGAAUUCACACAGGAGAGAAACCUUAUAGCUGUGAUCAAUGUGGGAAGAGUUUUACUAUAUCUAGCUCUCUGACUAUACACCAGAGAACACACACAGGAGAGAAACCUUAUAGCUGUGAUCAAUGUGGGAAGAGAUUUAUUCUACUACAAACCCUGAAAUCACACCAAAGAAUACACACUGGAGAGAAACCUUUUGGCUGUUAUCAAUGUGGGACGAGUUUUUCUCACUUAAGCAGCCUGAUAGGACACCAGCGGGGACACACAGGAGAGAAACCUUAUAGCUGUGAUCAAUGUGGGAAGAGUUUUACUACAUCUGGCAAUCUAACUAUACACCAGAGGAUUCACACAGGAGAGAAAGCUUAUGGCUGUGAUCAAUGUGGGAAGAGUUUUACUACAUCUAGCAAUCUAACUGAACACCAGAGAACACACACAGGAGAGAAACCUUAUGGCUGUGAUCAAUGUGGGAAGAGUUUUACUACAUCUAGCAAUCUGACUAGACACCAAAGAACACACACAGGAGUGAAACCUCAUAGCUGUGAUCAAUGUGGGAAGCGUUUUAUUAGAUCUAGCCAGCUGACAGUACACCAGAGAACACACACAGGAGUGAAACCUAAUAGCUGUGAUCGAUGUGGGAAGAGAUACUCUGAUAAAUCCUCAGUAAAACUUAAAAUACAUCAAAGAAUUCACACAAGAGAGAAACCAUAUAGCUGUGAUCAAUGUGGGAAGAGUUUUGCUAAAUCCAGCCAGCUGACUGUACACCAGAGAAAACACACAGGAGAGAAACCUUAUAGCUGUGGUCAAUGUGGGGAGAGUUUUACUACAUCUAGCCAGCUGACUGUACACCAGAGAAAACACACAGGAGAGAAACCUUAUAGCUGUGGUCAAUGUGGGAAGAGUUUUUCUUCUGGCAAUCUAACUAUACACCAUAGAACACACACAGGAGAGAAACCUUAUAGCUGUAAUCAAUGUGGGAAGAGUUUUAGUCAAUCUAGCUCUCUGACAGUGCACCAGAGAAUACACACAGGAGAGAAACCAUAUAGCUGUGCUCAAUGUGGGAAGAGUUUUGUUAAAUCUAGCCAUCUGACUGAACACCAGAGAACACACACAGGAGAGAAACCAUAUAGCUGUGAUCAAUGUGGGAAGAGUUUUGCUAAAUCCAGCCAGCUGACUUUACACCAGAGAACACACACAGGAGAGAAACCUUAUAGCUGUAAUCAAUGUGGGAAGAGUUUUAGUCAAUCUAGCUCUCUGACAGUGCACCAGAGAAUACACACAGGAGAGAAACCAUUUAGCUGUGGUCAAUGUGGGAAGAGUUUUAGUCAAUCUGGAGAUCUGACAGUGCACCAGAGAAUACACACAGGAGAGAAAUUGUUUAGCUGUGAUCAAUGUGGGAAGAGUUUUUCUACUUCUACCUAUCUAACUAUACACCAUAGAACACACACAGGAGAGAAACCUUAUAGCUGUAAUCAAUGUGGGAAGAGUUUUAGUCAAUCUAGCUCUCUGACAGUGCACCAGAGAAUACACACAGGAGAGAAACCAUUUAGCUGUGAUCAAUGUGGGAAAAGUUUUUAUACUUCUACCUAUCUAAAUAUACACCAUAGAACACACACACACACACCUUUUAGCUGUGACCAGAGAUAAUCUGAUAAAAGAUCUCUGAUCAAAUAUCAGAAAAUGUAUGA